UUCUCUUUACAGACCUCUGUUGGAUCAACUAAGGAAAGACAAGUUUUCUGCAAUAUGAACAGAAAGCACAACUGUGAAGGCAUGAAGAGGGCGAGGAUUUCCAAGCCACAAGUUCUGUGUCUCCUUCUAUUUUGGGGGAUUCUGCUCUUCUCGGCUGAGGGGACGUCAAAGCACCAUGUUCCAAGACUGAAACUGUCUUACAAAGACUUGCUGCUUUCGAACAGCUGCAUCCCGUUCCUGGGCUCGGCGGAAGGGCUGGAUUUUCGGACUUUGCUCCUUGAUGAAGAAAGGGGUCAUCUCCUGCUUGGCGCCAAGGACCACGUAUUCCUGCUCAGCUUGGUCGACUUAAACAAAAAUGGGAAGAAGAUAUUUUGGCCCGCAGCAAAGGAAAAAGUGGAUUUAUGUAAACUAGCCGGGAAAGAUGCCCAAGUAAAUGGGUAUCUUUACUCUGGAACUGCCUCAGACUUCCUUGGCAAAGACACGGCGCUCACCCGGUCUCUAGGCGCAUCGCAAGACCAGCAUUACAUCAGGACGGAUAUGUCCGAGCACUACUGGCUAAACGGUUUGAUGAUACCAUCUCUGCAGGGCCUCUGUUACAGACCAAUGUUAUGUCAGAAACACAAAUAUCAGGAUUCAAGACAGCCUGUCUAUAGACGUAGUGAUACUGUAUUGUUUUCCAAGGCAGUAGCCACAGUGGAGACUACUUGUCCGAGCCGAACCUACGACCCCUCGGUCAAGACCACCCGGGAUUUCCCCGAUGACGUCAUCAGCUCCAUCAAGCGCCACCCCCUGAUGCACAGAGCGGUUGACCCGGUGGGAGGGGCCCCGGUCUUCACUCAGGUCAACGUGGAUCACCGACUGACUCAGGUGGUGGUGGAUCGGGUCACGGCCGAAGACGGGCAGUACGACGUCCUGUUCCUAGGCACAGAUACCGGAACUGUGCUGAAAGUUUUGAGCAUCACCAAAGAAAAAUGGGACAUGGAAGAGGUGAUCCUAGAAGAACUACAAGUAUUCAAGCACCCAUCACCUAUCUUGACUAUGGAAAUGUCUCCAAAGCAGCAACAAUUGUACAUUGGUUCCAGAGAUGGGCUAGCUCAGCUUUCCUUGCACAGAUGUCACACGUAUGGGAAGGCGUGUGCUGACUGCUGCCUUGCCAGAGACCCCUAUUGUGCUUGGGAUGGAAAUUCCUGCUCCAGGUACACCCCAACCUCCAAAAGGCGUGCAAGGAGGCAAGAUGUGAAAUACGGAGACCCGAUUACCCAGUGCUGGGAUGUUGAAGACACUGAAACCAGACGAAAGAGCCUUCAAGACAGAAUAUGGGCUGCUCAUCCGUAGCUUGCAGAAGAAGGACGCUGGGACGUAUUACUGCAAGGCGCAGGAACACACGUUUGUCCACACCAUCGUGAAGUUGAACUUGAACGUCAUCGAGAAUGGACAGAUGGAGAACAGCCACAGAGCGGAAGAAGAACCAAGCCGGACGCGAGAUCUCCAAGCCGAGUCCCGGCUGAGAUACAAAGAUUAUCUCCAGCUGCUUAGCAGCCCCAGCUUCAACCUGGACGAGUACUGUGAGCAGAUGUGGCACCGGGAAAAGAAACGGCAGCGUAACAAAGGAGGCCCAAAGUGGAAGCAUGUUCAAGAGAUGAAGAAGAAACGGAACCGGAGGCAUCACCAGCCCUCAUCCACAUAGUUCCCAGGCCUUAUUUAAGAGACAGUUGUGCCGGGGAACGUACUUUUGUUGUUGUGGUGAUGCUCUUCUCUCCAGCAAUGUUGCUUCUCAAAGAGACCUGAUGGCACAUAAUCGCUGAGGUAUUUGAGACCUUUGGACAAAUACGCCAUUAAUGGGGGGAAACCUUUGGGAUUUGUAUGUUCCUCAGUUCUGAACUGACAUAAAACAAUGCUCUGUAAAGUUCCGUGAUGAAGGAGAUCCAGUGGCUGUUUCCUUCCUUCCCCAAAGUUGAACAAAAGGCCCGCAGGGUGAUUGAACUAUUCAGUCCAAGGAAACUAAAAAACAUGUGUGGCUGUCAGACUGUCAGAUUUCUUCUAGCCAUCCAUGGAUCCUUAUCCAGACACACUUUGGCUUCACUCAGCUGCACCCUCAAACGUCCUGGCUUGAAUGGACAGGUGAGAAAGGCUUUGUAUAAUGGAAGAAGAGUGAUGCCUUCGUAUAUAAAUCCAGUGUAACCUUAGCUUCAUAGAAAGAAGGUGGACAUGGGUGGCAACCAGUUGGACCGCUGUCUGUUGAAAGGAUACGCCGACACAGAUGGGAACAGAGAAUACAAUUGAGCAGAAGGUUGGACUAGAAGACCUCCAAGGUCCCUUCCAACCCUAUUGUUCUAUGUUCUCGUAUCCAGGAGGCAAGUGGGGGGGGCAGCGCAGAAUUUCGGGCAACACCCGUUUUCUUUGGAAGGUAUUUUUUUGUCCCUCUUCUCCACGUCUCUCUCGCCUUACCAUGUUUUGACUCUUCUGCUGCUUUUCAGGUGUUUCUCUGACAUGAAAUCUGGACCGAUUAAAUCUACCAGCAAAAGGAGGGAAGGAGCGUUGUUGAGAAGGUGUGGGAAAACAGCCUUUUCCCCAGUGUGUUAGGAGGCGGUAGCGCAUUGGCGGAAAUUGUGUUUUAUAUUUUUACUAAAAUAAAAUGAAGACAAAGUCCGUGUGUAAAUAAUGCGCACAAAAGAGAUGGGCAGCUUCAAAAAAAUUGUAAAAUGUUCUCCUUUUUUUUUAAAAAAAAAAACUUUUUAACUUUUCGCUGCUUAAAUGACAGAUACGUUUUUGCAAAAGGACGCCUCAUUUUCAGCGGGUUGUCCCUCUCAAGCAGACAAAUGAAACAGGCCAGGCAAAGUUAGAAUCCUGGAUUCACGGAGGCUGGUUUGUAGCCUCAGAAGCCAGACCACGGAGAGCCUGGCUUGAUGGUUUUUUCGGGCUGUUUUUGCACAAGCAUUGUCUUCUUGACGCCAAUUCUCCAAGCGUUGCCCUGGCCUCACCCAGCGUCCUUCUGCUCCAUGCCUUUUGUCAGUGUGAAAUGAUGAAUUAGCCAUUUUCCUUACAUGAAGGAAGGUUUGGAUUGAUACCAAAAACGACAGGUUUUUCUUAUUCCUCAUGCGUUCUCUUUCAUCUUGGGAGUAAAUUUUGUGGGAAACCCAUGUAAUUGGCGUGGCACUCAAUAAAAUAGAGACUGGUUUUGAUUCCAGCUUUGGGGGGGAAAGUA